AUGGCUGAAGUCCCGCAGCAGAUUCCUACUAUCGACAUCAGCGCUUGGGUGAAUCCUGCCUCGUCAGCGGCGGACAAACAGCGUGUCGUGGACGAGGUCCAUCAUGCUGCCACGACAUAUGGAUUCUUCCAGUGUGCAGGCCAUGGGAUCACCCCGGAAACAAGAGAGCAGAUUUUUAAUCUCUCCAAACGUUUCUUCUCGCUUCCCAUGGAGGAACGUAUGGAGAUAAGCGUUAAGAAAUCUCUGGGCCAAUCUUUCAGAGGAUAUGAGCCCCCUUUUCUUCAAAACCAUCACAAGCAUCUGUUGCCGGAUACAAAGGAGACCUUUGUUGUUGGUGCAGAAAUCCCUGCAGAUCAUCCAGACGCGGGAACAUUCUUGAAUGGCCCGAAUCUCUGGCCAACAUCAAUCCCAGAGGACGAGUUUCGAAAGCCAAUCAUUUCAUAUCAGUCACAGAUGGUAGCCCUUGGCAACACUCUUCUCAAAAUUCUCGGCCAUGGUCUUCCGAAAUCCUGGAACUGUUCACCAGAUGUCUUUGAUAGCUUGGCUGAAAAUCCUGCAAUCCCAAUGAGAAUGCUACAUUAUGCGGCACAACCUGUACAUGACGAGAAGCAAUUUGGAGUUGGCGCGCAUACCGAUUUUGGCAGCGUUACCAUUCUCCUCCAACAGCUUGGUACCAAGGGCCUCGAAGUCUGGUAUCCACCCACCGAGACAUGGAUCCCGGUGCCUCCCAAAGAGAACACCUUUGUGAUCAACAUCGGUGAUUUUGUGGACCGCUACACUAACGGGUACUAUCGCAGCGCGAGACACCGUGUGAUCACCACGGAUAAGGAACGUUAUAGUGUUGCAUUCUUCUUUAACGGAAACAUGAAGCUCAAGGCCCCAGUGCUCGAUGGUUCGGGUGACGAGGUCAAUCUUGGGGACCAUAUUCGCCAGAGAGCUAUUGCAACAUACGGUGCAGCACCUACACUAAUUGAGUCGAAGGUGUGA